GGGUAAUAUUCUGUGACUAAAAUGGCGGCUUCACGGACAUUUCGAGCUAAAGUGAUGAGAGUCCUUUUGACAGCGAUGUGAAUGGCCACAAGGCAGCGUUUUGCUGCCAACGAUUUCUGACAGUUAUGACCGUUGAACACCCCUCAUCGGCUAAAAAGGUAAUAGUUUCAUUGACAUGACUUUUUUUUACAAAGUCGUAGUAAAAGUUAACAUAAGCUUGAGCUUAAGGUUGAGUAAGCUCGCAAGUCAUUUUUAGUUUAGUCAUUUAAAGUUGAGUUUACUAUAUAAUGACAUAUAGGACACUAAACCUACAUUAUUUUGUCUUGCAAGAGAAGGGAGCUCUUUCCUCUCACAAUUUUUCCCGUCAGUAUUCAUAAAACCAAUAAACGAAUGAUUACGAUCGAAAAAAGCAACGUGUUCGGAGGUUUUUAACCUUAAACAAAAAUUGCAUGUUUUACUACGUCUGUACCGGUAAUCUUAGUCUCUGAUGAUAAUCAGAAUCCAGCGAAUGAUCUUUUUCCGGCUGUCAUUGUAGUUAUACUCGGCAGUUCUUUGUGCUUAGUGUAGACUCUGUCAAACUCGUAUAAGGAAGUAUGAACUCAUGGUAUAACAGGCUUCAUUCAAAGAUUUGAGGUCUCUUUGGCCCUUUUCCUCCUGCCAAGCGAAUACCAGGGAAAAGAGGCCUGCGAUAGUAGAGAAGGUAGCCUGAUAUUAAGAAUUAGUGUUUAAAAGUCAGUCUCAGGAGUUGGAAACAACUGUCUCAGCAAAAAAAAAUUUCCAACAAUGUGUACCCUGCGAGCAGAGGUUUUCUGCGGCAUGACUUUUAGCAUUCACAAAGUAGUUUGCAUCACCAUACUUUGCGUAGUUGGUUUGUUUACGCCACCAAGAGAAAACUCUGCAGCGAGCCAUCUGUGGUUUCUGUUGAGUACAUGCCAUGCGAGGAAGAAACCUCUUCUCACAGAGUAAUUGACAUGUUUUUUAAGAGCAUUAUCUAGUAUAAACGAUAGAAAAAGCACAUGACAAAAUGAAAAGCAAAUGAAAAUCCUAAAUUGUCUCAAAAUCAUGUUCAAAAUUGAUCCAAAAAAAGAAAUUCUGCAUCCUAGAUAUUUGGAAGAACCCCAUUGUGUCAAUUAUUCAAGACUGAGAUUAUCUAAGCCUUAAUCUUUCUGUCAAUUCCUAAUGAAUGAAUCUUUUUUUUGGCAUUCAACUUUAGAAAAAGGCAACUCCUAGUCUUGGACAUUUUUUUUAACAAGUUUGCAUUUUUCAAUGUUAGUCCACCUUUUAAGCACCCUGUUGAAUUACCAGUACAUCUUGGGCAGACCAUGAUCUUGUGCUAGGCAAUGAAAAAAGCUCAAGUGCAGCUUGUUUAUCUUUCUAUUUACCAACCAUGUCGGCCAAGAUAUUACACAGAAUUUCAAUUAAUGGAAUAGAGGCCUUUUGCAACGGUUGGUCACGUGUUCAACUUUCUGUAAGCACAAAAACAAUUCUUUUUGUAAAUUUCAGCAAUAUAUCUCAAAAAUAAUGAUUGCAACUGCCGCCAAAAAUUGAAAGGAUGUUUUUGGGAAAAAUAACUCUUGCUAGCCAGUCAUGGCUCAGUGGUUUUCCAUAUGCACAUUCAAUCAAAAGAUACUCUAAUCUUGAAUGCACUCUGUAAUCUAUGAGUACUACUAUGGUAGAACCCCGAUAACUUGAACUUCCCGCUAACUCGAACUAAGUCCAUUUUCCCUUGGAUUUCACCCCACUUUUCAGUCAUUUUUCUCAGAUAACUCAAGCUCGGAUAACUUGAAUUCCCUGCUAACUGAAACUAAAUUUCCUUUCCCUUGAUCAAACAGUCACUGAAAAUUACCCUGAUAACUCACAUUCUGGUUAUUGAAACUCUAAAAGGAUGCCAUUCCAUUAGCUCUUUUUGUAUGUAUAAUCAUUAAAAAUGCUAAUCUAACACUUUUUAACACUUAAGGCAAUUUGAUUUUGAUUGGUGCAAUGAACAGAUCAUGUUUUGUCAAAAAAAAAAGCUUAAUCAUGUUACCAUUUCUAAUAAAAUAACUUGCACCGCAGUAGCACUAUACGCUGCCAGAAGUGCAGAAAAAUCAAUGAAUAUCAAUUUUCAAAACUAAAAAUUGAAUUUUGCAAGCAACCCUGAUAACUCGAAUCCUUGCUAACUCAAACUGUUUUUUGUUUCCCUUCAAAAUUACUGGGGUUCUACAUCUUGUAUAAGGUCAGUCAUGACCUACGCAUCGCCUGCGUUUUUCUGCGCCCUGCCAUUGUAUUUAAAGAAAGAUCUAGAGAAUGUAGAGAAACGGGCACUAUCAAUCAUUUACCUGGGACUGGCCUAUAGAAAGGCCUUAGAGCUUUCAAAUAUUAUGUCUAUCAAUGACUACAUGCCUAGCUUAUAUAAAAAGACCUUCCUCUCGAUUGUUAAUGACCUGGCCCAUCGCUUACAUAACAUGCUUCAAUUGUCAGGGCCGUCGUGUUAUAAUCUUCGGUGCAAAAGGUGUUUUGCGAUUCCCAAAUGUAAGACCAAGCGUUUCAAAAAUAGUUUUUUAGUAAGGUCAUGUAUUGAUAACGAAUUUUAGUGCCCGUUGAGUUUUGUAAAUGAUAUCGAUGACGUUGUAUAUAUUUUAACAGUUUUAAGCUUUUUUAUAUUUAUAGGAUAUUAUUAUUUAUUUAGGACUUUAUCAUUAUCAUUUUAUUAUACUCACUAUUGUAAGAUUCUGUUAUAUUAUAUUAUAUAUUAUAUUGUAAAUACACAAUCCAGCUUAGUAGCUGCAAGCUUUUACAAAUAAACUAUCUAUCUAUCUAUGUAUCUAUCUAUUUAUCUAUCUGUAGUUACAGUGAACAUGUAGAUAAUGGCUAUUUGCCUGUCAUGCAGGUUAUUGUUAAUACUGAGGUGGUGAGUCAACUACAAGAAGCUACAGGUGCAUCAUAUGAGGAGGCUAACCAAGCUUAUAUUGUAAGUUGUUUAUAACAAGCUCAGAGGUGCCAACCUCUUCAGACCUGUAAUCUGCAGAUUUUUCUUUUAACACUACUCCCCUGGUCUCUCUUAAUCAGUUAAACCCAACAACAAUAAAUGAGCUUGAGGAAUGGUGUCUGAUAAGGAAAGGUGGGGCCUCUGGAAAAACUAAGCCAAAUGCUUAGCAUGUCCAUGACAACCCUGUGAGUGGCUACCACCAGGCACUGUCACACUGAAAUGAACAGUGGAACACAUACUUGCCAAAAGAGAUGGGUGGCCUAGAGGUUUAAUCAGCGAGAACUGCCCAUAAGUGAGAAACAAAAUGCUUCAAAUUAUUACAACAUUUAGCCACGUAACUUUUCGUACUACCCCCAGUACUCACAUGCUGCUAUCGCUAUGUCAAUUACGAUAGGUAGUCAUGCAUAGAGGUUCAAAAUAAGUGCCACAUGAACAUGCUGAUGCAGUGACUCAAGGCUGGCUCUUAGAAAAAGUAAAGGGAGCCCUGUGAAAUACAGUUUGCCCAGCACAGGGUUUCUACAAAAAAAGAAUCCUAGUUGUUUAAGAGCAAAUGUAAGGCACCAAAGGCCACCGGGUGCUGUUAAAGCACAGCCAUGAGACUCCAAAAGGUUAUCAAGCAGUAUGAAAACUUAGAAUGACAGAAAUAUCCUCGCCUGAUGCCCUUCAGGAAUUAUGACACACUUUAUAUUGUCAGGUAUUUCUGUGUGGGUGGAGUUUAUAAGAGAUUAAUCUCAGUUAAGGUGGCUCGACUGGAUUUUUUUGGGUUGAUACCUCCCCAGUUUGAGCAUUAACUACGUCGGCAUGAGUAAAGAUAUGAAAAAAAAGGUUACCACGGCUGUAUUAUACAAAGAUGAAAAUUUCUUAUGAUCUGGGUUUUAUUGUAAUCGGAGUCGCCAUGGUAACGUAAUGACGCCAUUACGUUUUUCAUUUAUCUUUGUGUUUCUCCAUACCAGGAGUUUUUUGAAGAAAUCACUUAAGGGAGUAUGUACCUGCCAUAAUUGCCUCCAUUAUGGCAAAGUUUGAACAAAUUCUAUGAGAGCGUUUUCGAAAUAUUUUGAAAUGCAGUUUUAAGAAUCAUAAAAACAGUGAAAUAGCAUGCUAGCCACACAAUUCGCUGAUAUUUUAAGAAAAUGAUAAGUUUUGGGAACGCGGCUUCAUCUCAGUGGUUUGAUUCCAUUGAAAACUGCAUACAAAAAAGAGAGGAAUUGCUCUGGGCGAUCGCGAGUAAGAAGAAUUUUAUUGACUUGCAUUCAGCUGCUUUUGAUACAGUUUUUGCACGUAAUUUGGUCCAUGCCUAAAAAUUUCGCAUUUUUCCAAAAACCGCUCGCUACAUUUUUUUAUAAAUUCGACAAUCCCGAGAUCAAUCGUCAAUAAAUAUACCCUGCAAGUUUCAAGAACAUUGAAAACAGGGAAGGCUUUUAAAUAGGGCCUCAAAUAUAGCCAAUUUUUUCCCCCAGAUUUUGUGUUUACAAGUGAGCUUCCUCAUUAUUCACUGGCAUUGUUUUCAAGUUUUAUAUACACGUGCACAUUUAGCAAAAAGAUAGAAUUUGCAUCAAAAAAGGACCCUCGGUUAAAUCUCUGGGAUAUGCUAAUUACCGGGCAAAGAGUUUAGUGAUACAUUAUAACAUCAGAACAACUCUCUGUGAGAGUUUCUGUGAUGUUAUAACCCGAGUAAGAUAAUUAAGUAUUGCAUCCUACACGACUAGCCGUGACCUUCACCGUUUCGGCUCUCACUGCUAUCUAUAUAUGAUGACAAGCCAAUUAUUAGCAUAUUCCAGAUAUUUCUUCCAAAAGUAAUCGAGAGUUCUUUUUGAUGCAAAUUUAUUUCUUUUUACUAAAUGUGCACGUGCAUAUGAAACUUGAAAACAAUGCCAGUGAAUAAUGAGGACGCUCACUUGCAAACACAAAAUCUGGGGGGAAAAUUGGCUAUAUUUGAGGCCCUAUUUAAAAGCCUUCCCUGUUUUCAAUGUUCUUGAAACUUGCAGGGUAUAUUUAUUGACGAUUGAUCUCGGGAUUGUUAAAUUUAUAAAAAAAUUUAUCAAGCGGUUUUUUGAAAAAUGCGAAAUUUGUAGGCAUGGACCAAAUUACGUGCAAAAGCUGCAACAAAAGCAGCUGAAUGCAAGUUAAUAAAAUUCUUCUUACUCGCGAUUGCCCAGAGCAAUUCCCCUCUUUUUUUGUAUGCAGUUUUCAAUGGAAUCAAACCACUAUGAGACAAAGCCGCAUUCCCAAAACUUAUCAUUUUCUUAAAAUAUCAGCAAAUUGUGUGGCUAGCAUGCUAUUUCACUGUUUUUAUGAUUCUUAAAACUGCAUUUCAAAAUAUUUCGAAAACGCUCUCAUAGAAUUUGUUCAAACUUUGCCAAAAUGGAGGCAAUUAUAGCAGGUACAUACUCCCUUAAGCGAUUUCUUCAAAAAACUCCUGGUUUAGAGAAACACAAAGAUAAAUGAAAAACGUAAUGGCGUCAUUACAUUACCAUGGCGACUCCGAUUACAAUAAAACCCAGAUCAUAAGAAAUUUUCAUCUUUAUAUAAUACAGCCGUGGUAACCUUUUUUUUCAUAUCUUUACUCAUGCCGACGUAGUUAACACUCAAACUGGGAAGGUAUCAACCCCAAAAAAUCCAGUCGAGCCACCUUAAAGCACCUGUGUCAAGUUUUUUUUUGUAUGUCUAAUCAAUAUUUUUUAAUUCUUGUAGGCUAGCAACCACAACUUUGAUGAGGCCUUUGGUUUGUUGACUGAUCGUCAAAACCAUAAUGGUUCAUAUAAGGUGUGUUCAGUAGACUACUUUUUUUAAUGAUUGCAUUUUGUUGUUGGUUGUCGUCUGUGCUCUGAGAGGUACACUGUAUUUGGUUUGUAUGUGUAAUCAAAUGGUGAGGAGUGAAAUUAGGAAAUAAUUUCAAACAUGUCUUGUCUAAAUCCAAUGACGAAAUGCAAGUAAAAUUAUUCCUUUAUUUCACGAGCAUACCAUUCGAUUACCCAUUGAAAUAUCAUGGGUGACAAAUUACGCGUGCAAUCGUGAGUUUUUGACAUUGUUCAUCAAAUUGAUUAUUGAUUGAGAACUCCAUGCAAUGAACACCUUAGAGCUUAAGAUGGAAUCCAAUAGGAAAUUGAGUAAUUUUAAUUUUCAGUGGACAAAAACCUUAUACCAGAAUAAUUUAAACAAUAUCGCAUUCUUUUUUACCUUUUUAGGGGCUAUUUAUGUAAUAAUUAGUUAUCUUGAAUAACACCAUAGAAAAUUUCUUAUGAGAGCCCAUGAAAAUAAAUGUUCAAUUUCACAAAAUGACAUCUUACAGCUGUACAAAUGAAAUGUUCAGUCACACUAGUUUUGAGUGUGAUAGCACGAGACAUCCUCGACAAAUUUUCCCGACAAGCUUGAUAGGUGAGGUCACGUACGAAAUUGCCAAGGAUGACUGGGACGAGACUGAAAUUUGACAUUUAUUUUCUUGGGCUCCCAAGAGAGAUGGUCUUUGGUGUUUAUUAUUAUAUCUAUAGCCCUUGAAAAAUGUAAAAAAGAAUGUGAUAUUGCUUAACCCAUUCGCCCCUGAACCGCCCGUAACUGUCCGUGCGGAUCCAGGUCCUUUCUACCCUUUGUGACGUCAUCAGUUUUAACGGUCAAGGACAACUUUCUUCGCUAACUUGUGUAGAGUGAAGAGAUCUUUCAAACCAUACCAGAAUGAGCACAAUUCAGUUAAGGACACCGGAGAAAGAAGCAAAAAACCACGAGACAUUGACCUGAAAAUCUCCAUGAAAAUCUUGUUCCAUUACCCACCUACCUUUCCUUUCACCUAAUCCUAAGAUCCUAAAAGCUUUCCUAAAAACUCUUCCCACCAAAUUGAAGCCUACUAAAUGCCCAGCAAGAGAAAAAAAAAAUGAGGCAAGAAAAGCGAAAAAAGAAGGGAGGAGAGAAAGUGAAAAGUAAAAGUCAAGACGAAAUUUUGCUUUCUGCGCAUGCCCGAAUUUCGCAAGCUGAUAUUUUGCAUCUGGAUCAGAAGGCCGCGAAGUGUACGACCUGUAAACCGGUUUGUGGUAAGUUUUAGCUCUUUAUAGCACGACAGUGACCAGAAAACCACUCAACUAGCUUCAAAACGCGUUUUUUGGCAAAAUCUCCAGGAGCGAAUGCGUUAAAUUACUCUGGCACAAGGUUUUUGUCCACUGAAAAGUAAAAUUACUCAAUUUGCUAAAUAACAGAUUUCAUCUUAAAUUUUGGCUUAAGCUCAUAAUUUCAGAAUUUUUUGACAAAAUUCCUGAUAGAAUCCUUCUUGAUGUGCUCUUUCAUGUGUUUAGGUUUUCUAAACCGUCGUUUAAUGCCCUGACAUUUUCAUACAUAACAGUUUAAAACUUUGUCACCAUCUUUAAAGCACUGACACAUGGAAGGUUGCCAUGGCAAUUUUAUAAUUACACAUGUGAAGUUAUAAAUUAAUGCUGAAAUUUCGCACCAAAAUUGUCACCCAUGAUAUUGAAUAGCAUUAUUUUCUUUAUCUUUUGCAGGGUGAAGCUAACCAGACAGGUAUGUGUCAUGAUGGGUAAUAUUAAUUUUUCUUAUAGACUAUGCUUUGCUUCCAACACCAAUUUUCUCCUAAUGGCAUCAAUAAUUAAUCAAGAGCAAAGUUUAUGAGAAUUAAUAAAAUGAAGCUUUUUUGUUCAGGAACUCAAACAUUUAUAGGACCACAAAAUGCUCCUGGUAAAACAGAAGGUAAGUGUGAUAAUUUUCUAUGUCUGUCAGAUCAGCAAAAGCAAAAUACUUCUAAUUUGGUCAAAUAUAAAGCAAUACAAAAAUAACAAACAACUCAGUCUAAUAUGUACAUGUAGUAUUUUUAAAACAAUACUUGAAAACAAAAGGCUGAACAAAAUUGGUUCUUAGACUAACACACAGUGUUUCAUCCAAAUGUUGAUUUCCAGCGGAUGUUAUUGAUCUGACAAAGGACAAGGAUGAUGACCUGGAGAAAGCCAUUGCUCUCAGUUUACAGGAGGCACAGGUACACCAACUUUAAUUGGGCAAUCUUAGUGGAAAAAGCUGAAAUGUUGUCUUUCAUUUCAAAUCUCUACAUUGAGCCUUGUUUUGGCACAGAAAAAGAAAUACUUACUCGUUGCUUUUUGUUAAAACUGGAGCAAUAAAAAUUAUACAGUUAUACCUCCAUGUGCUACUAGCUUUCAUAAGUGACUGUCUUUGUAAAAUACCAAAAUUUCCUGGUCAAAGCCUUAUACUGGUAGUUGGAGCCUCUUGUAAAGACCACCUCUUUUAAGUAGCCGCGACCGCUUCUGAUGGUGACGACACAUGCCCUGAUCUUUAUGUUGUUUGAAGGAUGUGCCUCUUAUUUGGGGGCUGUUCUUUUUAAUAUUUCUGUCCCUCAAUAUGACACUUAUUCAGUGGGGGAAGGGAAGGGGGGCACUUUCUGGCUCAUUGGAGGACAGCUCUCUUUACAGUAAAUAAGGUUGAUGACAAUCAAGGCUGCACUGUAAGGGGGACUUCCAGGAGCCUUAAAAUUCUAAGCUAUGAAUCAAAAUCCGAUGCACCUAGCAUGCAAGUUAUUGUGCCCAAAUACCCCAAAAGGCAAAAGUAAGUCACCAGGAGCCUCUGAGUGUUGUUGUAGCAAAGCCUGGCUGCACAAUGAUGUACUGAUUAAUAAAAUAUAUUUAAUCUGUUGUAUCGAUAUGGUUCAUUUUCCAGGGAAUCACUGUGGAAGAACAGGAUAUUAGCAGGUAGGGUGAAAAUAGCAAAAUGAUACUGUAAGACAUUAUUUCCUCACUCUGAAAUUAGAAUAAUAACUUCCUCAUUUAGCUGGAAAAAAUGUAAGACCUUUUGCACUUUUCUAAGUCUUCCUCAACCUGUACUAUUUUGUAGGAUUUUUAUUUUCUGUGAAACCAAAUACAGUCAAAAGUCAGUUUAUUCAAAUGUAUUAUUUUUGUUAUCAUUGUGAAACUGUGUGUGGUUUGUGGAAGGGUUUUGGAAGCAAGUUUAGCAGAAAACAAGUCAGGGCUGAAGCGAAAGAGAGGUGAUCCCUGGGUCAGGUUUGUGGAUCCUGUGAACCCGUAUGAGCGGCAAAGGCAGGAUGGGUGUCCUGUGGGCCUCAAGAAUGUUGGCAAUACUUGUUGGUUUAGUGCUGUCAUUCAGGUACCAUCGCUAUUACUAAUUUCUCUAAACUGGAGAAAAUAUUUUUAUUAGUAUAUGUUAAUGGAGAUAAACAUUAUGAGGAGCGAUGAUGAGUAAAAAAAUGAAAAUGGCAAAAGUGUGACGUCUCGUUAUCAUGGUAGCAAAAUUUCUGGAUCACAACAAUUAAAGGAGCUUAAGCAAUGACGGCGGCGACAGCAACGAGAUCAGUAAAAAAGCAAUAGGCAUAGAAAAACAAUAACUUUGCAUGUUCAUCACACUUUAUUGUACAUUUUUCAGCUGUCGUUGCACGACUGCAAUGGGAAACUUCCCAAUUUUACGCACCUGUUAUGGAGUAUGUGAACAUGACACAAAAAUUUCCUUUUUCUUUUUCUAAACUUAGAUAUGGUCCUUUCGAUUUCAACCCCAGGAAAUUUAAAAUUAAAAUGGAACUGAAUAACAUCGAUGAAGGUUGAAACAGUGCAAACUCACUUUUUAAGUGACGUUUUCAGUUUGUUGUCAUCGAGAAGUUUCGCUACCUUGACAAGAUGACGUAACGACUUCUUCUUUCUAUUAUACAUGUAGGUGCUGAUUACUGUCAUGUAAUCAUGAUAAUGAAUAAAAAAAAAUGGUAUAAUGAACAAAAAAACGGUACAAUGACAAUGGACUGCUGCAAUGGCCUCUUUUUUGGAAUGCAAAUGCACUUGGAAAAAAACCCUUGACUGUUUUUGUGAACAAAACCUCAGUUAUGCAUUGCAUCCCUUCAAUUGGGUUAAAAAAGCCUCAUUUUUCUUCACUGUCUUGUUUUAAUUGCGUGUCUAAUUAUUGGUGUGCUGUUCUUAAUAGUCGCUGUUUCAUCUUCCUGUCUUCCGUCGACUUGUUCUGAAUUAUAUUCCACCCACUGAUCCCCCGGACAAACAAGAGGUGAGUUUUAUUGCACCGACUUAUUUAAACUAGCAAAAUGUCCUUUAUCACAAAGAUGACAAAGCUGAUGCAAUAAUAUAAUAUUGUAUGAUGACUCUUAUUGAUCAAACUUCUUGUACCUGGUCUUGAUCUCAAUGUGUGAUUUACUUCUUGAGUGUGCUACUUUGUAAUGGACAUCCUUCUUCCUCUAAUGGCCAUCUAAAGCAAUGCUCUUAGAAGAAUUAGAAAAUGAGUUUUAUGCACAAGGAAAGUUUCUCAAGUCACCCAUAAGCAAAGGGCUUUUGUGGACUUAAGGUGACUCGACCCAGUUUUUUUUGGAGGGGUACCAUCCUACUUUGAAGCUCUCUGGUAUCCCCACCUUUACUUUUAUCGUAAGUCUAACACGUAGAAUGGAUAACAUAUAGAUCAAUCUACAAUAUAACAUAAAAUUUUUGGUGAUCGGAGUAAAUGUCACGUGGUUAUAAUGCCACGCCCCUUUGAGGUCUGAGUCAAAAAUCUGCUGUUGCCGGCAUUUUUUCGUGAAAAUCUCUCGGCUACACAUAGUGCGCAUUAGUGCCUUGCGCUGAACAGAGUUUCACCAAAAUCGCAAAGACCCAAUUCGAGAAAUUCAGCGGUUUCCAAAUUUAGGUCAUAAUUUAUGCGAAAAUGAUAAGCAAACUUUACACGGAUUAUAUCUAAUAAACUAUGAGAUUCAUCUCUUUAUUUUGGGCAUCGUUAUAACAGAUGGGUCCUUGCAAGUCAGCAAAACGCUUUAGGGCCUUGUAAAUGCGCGCGAUUUCGAGCAAAGCAAACAUAUAGAAAUUAUAGUUUUCGCUAUUUGUUGACGUUUGUCAGCGUUUAAGAGUCCUUCUCACGAAAAAAGCAUUUUCUUAAAAAUUCGUAGUUUUUUUUCCUUCAAAUUUUUUCAGGGCCACAAUUGAUUAACUAACUACCCGGACUCCGAAUUUCAUGGUCAUUGAAAAACUGUGACAUUAUCUUCUAUAAGCCCAAACUUGAGUAAACAUUGAAGAUUUUAGCGUUUUGGCUGAGUUUGUGCUUUGGGAGUUGUCUAUUGUUUCUAGUCUGUCAUUAUACAGCAUUCUUGUUCAGCACGCGUGUAAUGACCGUGCUUGGCUGACUUCCGAAUAAAAGUAAAGGUGGGGAUACCAGAGAACUUCAAAGUAGGAUGGUACCCCCCCAAAAAAAACUGGGUCGAGUCACCUUAAGAAUGUAAGACCACAUGUACGGUACUAGUAUUUUACUAAGAUCACCGAGAUCACUAGAUUAUACUGAGUAAUUUUUAAUUUACUAUUUUAAGGAAAUGUCAAUAGAAGACUCCAAUUUUAUUUUCAGCAUCUUGAUUUAGAUUAUUGUGUUUAUGGUUUAUUUUGCCUUUUCUUUCCCAUUGCCUUGUGUCAGAGAACAGUUACUGUGUGUCUGUUGUGUUGUGAUUAAUUUUGCUUUUCUUUCACAAUGCUUUGUGUCUUAGGACAGUUAUCGUGUAUCCUUCAUGACUGAGCUGCGGAUUAUAUUUGCGUUGAUGCUUGGAAGUAAAAGAAAAUAUGUUGAUCCUACUAAGGCAGUGCAGGUAUUUUGUGUUUAGUGAUGUUUAUAAACCUUCUCAGGAUGCAAAGAAAGUCAGUUUUAUGGCUUGCCAUUCGGGUAAGCUGUGGCUAGCAUUUACUAACCCAAAAUUCAUUUCAACCAGCCCCAAAAACUUUUUGAUAAGCAGGAUUGAUUACACAGUUCUUCUGUAAUUUGAACCCGUCAAAAAACUUCACUUGCCCAUGGGGCAAGUUAAGAACAGAACUCACUAGCCCAACAGCAAAAUCCACUAGUCCCGGGCUAUGGGAAACUACUUUCUUUACACACUGCUUUUUUUAUGACUCACGUACAAUCUAGUCUCUCUUAAUGGACACCUCCCUUAAAAAGGAUACCUAGAUAUUAGUGUUGGUCCCAACUUUUACGUAAAAAUGGUGUCUCAGAACUGGGCUGUGCUCUUAUAUAGGAGACGGGUUUGGCCCCUGGUUACUUAGUUUUGCCUUUGGGUGGACAAAAUCUUAAAGCUGAGCUCCCUGAGUUUCAAAGGUAUAGAGCUUUUGAGCUCCCGGUAAUUUUUGUGUAAGCACGGUCUUGUAGAGAAUGGUGAGCAGCUGACUGCAUAGUAAAAGAGUAGGGUGGGUUAUGGACAUCUGUAUAGUAGGAUGACACGGUGAAGCUGGAGAUGAUAAUGAAGUUUGUUGCUCAUGAGAACAGCAAGUGUCUAUCAUAAAAAUUAAAAAAGACUCUGUUGUUGAUUAACAAUAAUGAAUGAGGCUGAGUAUCUUAUAAAGAAUUAUGGAGAUCUCGGAAGGUGUUAUCCGUCGAGGCUGUAGGCUGAGGCAGAUAACACCCGCCGAGAUCUCCAUAAUUCUUCAGAUGAUACGAAAGCUGAAUUCACUAAUUGUUUUAUUAUUCAUUCAAAAGAAUAAUAUUCCUAGUUUAAAAACAUAACUUAAACAUGCUUACCUCUAUUGAUGUUAAGUUCAUCUUCGGUAGUGCACGUUUAGGGUUGUUCAGCUCCGCAAAUAUUCUCCAAAUAGCAGAUGUGGCCCUUCGAGUUGUCUUGCUGUUCUUGCCAUGUUUUUAGCUAUUAUUUCGCCUAGUUCUUACUCUUGAAAUGAGUGAAAUGUCUGCCUUUUUUGUUUUCACAACCAAAACAACUCAACCUCAUCCCCAGGUCUUCUCGGUUAAAGGUGCAUUAACCUGCGAGAAGGCUGCAGUUUUGACAUCAUCAGUUCAUUAAAAGCAAAAUUCUUCCAAAUUUGGUCUUUUCUUUUUACCAGUAAUUCCUUCUUAUGUCCACCAGGCAAAAGUCAAGUACAGUUGAUUGACUGACUGACUUUUAUUUGGUGACAAAUUUCCCAUCUCGUGUAGCAGUGAUGAUUGAUAUUAAUAUUUCUCUUGACAUAAUUAUCUGCAUAAAAGUCAAGUAAGCAUGUACUCAAGGCCCCCAGGUAAAAUGGAUGACUGUUGACUUCACUUGUUUCUCAGAGGAGAUUUCCUAAUCAAUGCACUAAAUGGAUCAUUCCAUCUUUAAUGCAGUGUUCUAUCAUCUAACAUUACUGUAGUCUAUAGCCCUCAAUUACAACAUUAGGUAUAAGAAUAAUUCUUAUUAAUUUCCUGUAGGAUGGUAUAGUAGUAAUAUAUUCUUGGCUUUUAGAUAUUAAAGGAAGCACUGAAAUACAAUGGCAGUGAAAGCAACCCUGGCAAUCAACAGGUAUCUUGAGCUCUACUGAUCAGAACUUGUUGCAGCUAAUCAUUUCAAGUAACUUCCCCUAUCUAUUAGACCAUUUUCCCAUUUUAGCUUUAUAUUUUCAAUAAGCCUCUCUCUGUCAGGUCUUCUCCCCUCAAAAAACUACGGAGGACACAGCAGCUUAGGUUGGGCCAGAAUAACUAUUAAUAACCAAAGGUUAGGCAUCUAGUCAAUGGUCAAAAUGCUCUUGCCUCAACGCUGACGCUCUGUAUAACUUUCAUGUGAUAGAAGGUCAAAACACGUGAUCAGAUUACAAUUUUUUCAAGGAACAAACUCGCUGAUAAAUUUGGCCAGAACCAGAUCUCUUGCAGUAACGCUUCUGUUUACUUUCCACUAGGAUGUGAGUGAGUUCACCCACAAGUUACUUGAAUGGCUUGAAGACUCAUUCAAAGAAAAGAAGACUAGCAGCUCUCCAGCAAAAAGGUCUGUUGUUAUUUUAAAUCCAGUUGGUAAUUUACCAAGUCAUAUGUAGAGAGCACAAUCCAUAAAACAUCAGAGCUGCAAAUAAUUUUUUGGAUGUUGUUGGAAGGAUGUAUGACUGGCUAAUUUAGCAUUUUGGUAAGACAAAACAAAAAUCUAAUCUGAGUCAAUCAAGGGCACAUUACAAAUUGUGCAAAAAAAUUGUUUGUUUCCUAAUUUCAAACCCAGAGGGGCUGGGUACAUGUCCGCUUAUUAUGGGAUGAGCAACGUAAGACCCACAUGUUCAGAAAGAGCAGAAAUCUCAAGUUUGGUGUUUAUCGGGCCUAUCUGGCAAGCCAUAUAUAUCGUAAUAAAUUUUCAAGUUUUGGGAUAGCUGUAUCUUGCUCAAUAUUGGACCAAACUUGAGAUUUUCCCUUAACUUAAUGUGCUCUUUCUGAAUAUGUGGGUCUUUUGUUGUGUAUUGGUUUGAAAUUAGGCAAUAGUAGGCUUGGGAUUCACAGGUAGACUGAUUAUUUCCAUAAUAUCAUAGGUGACGAAUUACUCCUUAAUUUUGGCGCGAAAUUUCAGCGAUAAUUUGUAAUUUCACAUGUGAAAUUACAAAAUUGCCAUGGCAACCUUCCGUACGUCUCAGUGUCAAGAUGGCGAUGCAAUUUUAAUAUGCCGUGAAUGAAGAUGUCAGGGCACAAAAUGACGCUUUAGAAAACCUGAACACACAAGAGAACAUCAAGAAGGUCUCAAAAAGGUAUUUUGCCGAAAAAGUCUGAAAAAUUCUGAACUUUACGAGCCAAAUUUAAGGUCUAAACAUUUGAGAGAGUGGAGUUCUCGAUCGAUAUAGUCCAGGAUAAACAUGUCAAAAAUCCAAGAUUGCUAACGUAAUUCGUCACCCAUGAUAUUAAUAGGUAAUCAAAGGCUCGGGAAAUUAUAAGGAUGUGGACAAAACGCGCAUGAAAUUAUUCCCUAAUUUCACUCGUCACCAUUUGAUUACACAUACUUAUUGUGCAUUGUACUCAUUAUCUGUCUUCUCAUUGGCCAAGAGCCUACAGCUCAUUUUGGAAAUCAGUGCAACCUACAGAUUAGUUAAUUAUCUACCAGCAGAGAACUAACUAAUCUGUAGGUUGUGCACGCAAAGCAUGAUUGCAAAUAACAAUUAUAUCAAUUCAGGUUCCUUGUGACAGUGUGUUUGUCAUUAUUUUCUUCAAAACAAUGUAUAAUAUUUAAAGCAAUUAUUUUUUAUUUACUUAUUUAUUUUUUUCUUUUCCAAUACAACUUUAUUGAACAUUCACAAAAGACAAUCUACAACAAAAUGAAAACUACAAGCAAUUUAAAGCAAUUAUGGGAAGAGGUUUUUGUGAUAUCAUAAAUAAUCAAGGCGACUCAUCCUUCAGUUUGGCUGAUAACACUUACCUCGACCUUGAUUAUUCCUGAUAUCACAGAAACCUCAUCCAAUAAUUGUUUAUAAUAUUAAUUAUAUUCAUGGCAACAAUGUUAUUUCACUGAUACAACAGUUUACAUGCAGUCAAGGUAGUUUUAAUUUGUCUUUUGGUUUUAAUUAAACUUUGUCUGGACAUCAGUCUGACCACAGUUAAGAUUUUAUUAGACAUGGCCCAAUUUUAUUCGGACAUUGUUGAUGACUAGCUGUUAUCUGCAGCUCUUUACAAAGGUUAUUUAAUAUUUAAUUGUACAAGUUCUGGGUAUGAAGGCUUGAAAUAAUUCCUGUCCAGUAGUUUCCAUUGCAAUUGGAUUGCCUGUGGGUGAGUAACUUCUGAUGCUCAGUUGUCCAAUAAUCAAGGGUAUGGCCAAGUCAUCUAACUAAAUCAUAAAACAGGACAAAUUAUCAUUCAGUGACCUCUGGCCAGCAAGAUUUGAGAAUUGCAUGACCAAAAAGGACAAGGUGGCUUUCAGGUUUUUGGCAAUCCCUGGGUGCGGCAAGUCCAAAUUGAAAAACGUUGUAAUAAAUAGAAUUCAAGGUUAGCAGUUGCAUUUGAGCUACUGUGGCUCUUGUCCAAAUUUCUAAAAUCUACCCUCUUUGUCUAUUUUAUUUUGGUAUAGGCUUAAUCCAGUGGUGGAACUAUUUUUUGGCCAAGCCAAUGUGGAAGGUGUUUAUGAAGGUUAGUUCCUCUUGAAUCUCUGUGUUAUGCCUAUCGAGGCAGAGUGCUCUUUUGGUUAGUGCAUUGAACUUAAGGCCGUUGUUGUUGCCUUUAAAAAAACACUUUUCCCUCCCUUUCUCUCCCCUCCCCAGAUGUGAAAGUGGGUACUAGCAAACCAUUAAAAUCAACUCUGGUUGGUGUGUGUGUGUGUGUGUGUGUGGAGGAGGGGGGGGGGGUUGGGUUAAGAAGGUACGUUCUUGUAGGCGUCUCUAGAUGUGAAAGUGGGUACUAGCAAACCAUUAAAAUCAACUCUGGUUGGUGUGUGUGUGUGUGUGUGUGUGGAGGAGGGGGGGGGGGGUUGGGUUAAGAAGGUACGUUCUUGUAGGCGUCUCAUGCCGCAAAUACCAGUUUAAAUUCUGGUCAUAUGGUCACCCUGUGGCUACAGCAUGCCACAGGUCACCAAAACUUAAGAUUUUAAUUUGUCAUGCAGAUAUUUAUUUAUAGUGGUCGCCGAAUUAAAUAUUGAAUAUCAUUUCCAAAAACAUUUUUAUAAAAGGGCUUAAGAUUUCAGGCAAAGCGUCCUUUCAUAACCAUAUCACUCCUAGACUAAGAUUGGUGAGAUUAUUUUUGGACUUCUAACUUUUGAGUCUUUAGACGAAGUCCAGUGAUGUUGUCAUUCAACUGAACCCUCUUAUCACUGAAUUUUUUUAUGGGAGUUUGCAAAUUGAAAUUAAUAGUGGAAUUUAAUUUAAAUUUUAGCUUUGACCAUUAUUAGAAGUGAAUGUGUCAACUCAUUAUAAAUAAAUAUUGAAGCAGUGUAGGCUAGACAGGAGCUAUGUUCAUGGACAAUUUCGUAGUCAAGUUUGAACUUCUUUUCACCAGUGUUUCCUUCUUAUGUCCACCAGGAAAAACCUUCAGCAAAAAGGAAACGUUUGGAGCGUUUCCUCUGCAAGUACAAGGCUACAGUGACUUGCAUGACAGUUUAGAGGGAGCCAUGGCUCAGGUGGAGAUUGAACCGGUUGGUUCUGAAGGAACACAUAAAUCAGGACAAGAGGUACAACUUAUUCAGUGUCUUGAUCAAACGUAGCUUGAAAAAACAGCCGUUUUUUUGCGACGCCGUCAUUGAUUUCCUGGCAAAAUUACGUCUGAGGAACGACUGCAAAAAUUCUGUGCUGAUGACGUCGUACUACCCGGAUCUGGGGCUCGUUUCUAGAAAGUCCCGGUAACUCUCAGGGGCACCCAACGAGGUAUUGUUAAACGUAUUUUAGUAUUUAAACGGUAGAUAUACGCAUAUUUUCAUCCCCUAAAAAGUUUUCAUCUGUUCGGAUUUCCUAGCUGAAAGUCUAGUGAUCCGAAAAUUAUAAGGAUCAAAACUUACCUUUUCGAAAAUUUCAACCACAAAAAAGGCUCCCGAAAAUUCUAGGUGACCUUUUUAGGGGUAAAAAUCCGUUAAAAAUGGGCAAUUAUACCAUUUUUUAGAAGUUCGAAAUCCUAGAAGAGGCAGGCAGGCAAGCAAGAAAUUUUACAACAAAUGUUCCGAAAAUUCUAGAUCUCAAAUCGUUUUCCGAACAGAUAUUUUCCGAAAAUUGACGUUGGGUGCCCCUGAACUUUUCGGGCCCGGAAAGCUGUUUGAUGUUUGCCGUGUUUGCAUUUAAGAUCAAAGUUUCAACAACUUGGAAAAUGAUACAAUGAAACUAUCAGAAACGAAGCGAAAUUGAACGGUUUGUGGGCAAGGAACUGUGCUACUAUUCAACAGGUUUUGAUUUCAUUUUUUGCCUUUGGACCCGAAAAGUUACCUGCCCUUUCGAGAAACGGGCCCCUGGAACGUGCUUCUGAUUGGAUGAAACAAAUUUUCAACCAGUAAAAACUACUUAGGUCUCGAUAAUGCUUCUGAUUAGAUGAAGCAAAUUCUCAACCAAUCAGAAGCACUACCCAGAUCUGAGUAGUGACGUGUCAUCAGUAUGGAAUUUAUGCGCUCGUUUCUCAGACGUCUUCUCGCGGGGAAACCAUGCAGUGGUGGUGUCGUGAGAUGUCGGCUGUUUUCUCAGGCUGGGUAAAACGGUUAGAUUUUGUCAAUAAACGUAGAGUGUAAACCACGUUACAUGUCCACCGCGGACGGUUUUGUUUUAUUUAGUAGGAUUUCAACAUGAUAAAAGAAAUACCUCUCGCGGCUAGUUGUGCAAGUUUUGAGUUUCUUUUCGUUGCCAGGGUUUCUUGCCCGAGUCCAUCAUCAUCCUUUCACGGGUUUAUAACGAACCAAUUCAACGACCUGCUCCCAGUUGGAUUGUUAGCUUAUUUGGUAGAGCGCUGCACUUGUAUAGCAGAGGUCAAGAGUUUGAAUCCCGUACAAGCCUGAAUUUUUUUUUCCAGGCUUUCUUUACGCAACUGCAUAAGUUGUGUAUAUAACUGCGAUGAUCUUCCUUCAAAUAAUUAGAUUGAGCAUGUUUACAAAUAGCGCCGAGAGUAACACCAUUUUUAGCUUUUAACACUUACAACAUUUACAGGAGGCUUUCCAAAGGUUGAAUAAAUGAAAAAGUUAUAUUAAUAUUUAAAGAGUGGUAAAACAACCUUAGCUUUAAAGUACUUUGCCCAGAUUUUGCAAUCGAUUGAAGGCCUUGGGCGUUACCUGUCCUCACAAUUUAACUUUGUGAGUUAAGUUGUGAAUAUUCUUUCACUCCAGCACUGGUUCACUGGCCUUCCCGUAGUACUCAAGUUCAUGCUGUCAAGAUUCUUGUUUAACCAAUCAACUGGCCGAGCAGAGAAGAUUCACGAUAGGCUGCUGUUUGACCCCGUGAUCCACAUGGAUCGGUAAGAUAUGAAUUAUUUGAGGAUUUGUGAUUGGCUCACAAAUCUCCUUCCACAUUUUCAACCAAUCAGAAGUUGAAACAAACCCGCGCAGUCGUGCCCUGUGCGUACGCUUUUUCCGCGCUUGGCGCCGGCUGGCAAGUUCUGAUGUGUUGAUUGGAUAUCACGCGUUUUACUAUUGGUCAGAGUAAAAGACGUUCCAAAAAAUACCAUAUAUUCUUUAUUCUUCAAUGUGCAAGCUUAGCCUCACCUGGGUGCAAUAAUUCCGGAGACCUAAAUUGAUCCAAUAAUUCUUAAGUCCUUCUCUAGAGUGCGCGAUAGGUCUGCGCGAUAUGAAUUCAGGGUAACCAAUUUUGCUCUUACUCAGCUUUAUCAGUCAUUUGACGAACCUUCCAGCUUCGGUGUGAUUUGAAAAAAAAUGUAAAGUUUUCUCUUCUCAAAAACACAGGACUUGACCCACAUUUAAGCCAAAGUUUGCCGUUCUGUUCUCGUAUGCAAAUGUCGUUUACCCGUGCCGAGACUACCUCCGGAAGGUAGUCUAAGCACCCCUAAAAUUUUGAGCACUGGUGCCACAUUACAUUUGGGACCGAUAAGUUUACACGUCGAAAAUUAGGAGUGCCGUGCCUUAAAUUCGUCAGCACGUUUAGUGCGUGUAAAUGGGGUUUAAAAUUGUUAAAAACUUAGUGCGUAGCGCUUAUAUUACCGAUUCUCCUGCACAUUAAACAGUGUUAUGGUAUUGUUUUGGAAAGCUCUAUUUGAUUGGUUUUAUGAAAGCGGAUCUAAAACCCGUUGCAAUCCAAAAGGGUAGUGUUUACAUUUUUGUUCUAGGUACAUGGAGGGAAACAAAGAAGUCACAAGAACGUAUAGAGAGGAAGUGAAGAAACUCAAAGAAAGAAGAGCUAUGCUUAAAAGUAGCCUCGAAAAGUAAGUGCGCGAAAAAAAGAAUCCAUGUUACAGUUGUAUACUGCGCAACAUUGAGUACACACGGGUCAGGGUUUCGUGCCCAUGCAAUCGUUUAACAGUGGGUGACGUUUGCUUGAAGCUCAUUUUAAGCUUCGCAGUGCGUUUCCGCUCAAAAAUUCGUGAGUGAUGGUGUGCAGCAUAGCUUUAAUACAUGUUAAUGACGUUAAUAGAUGAUGGCUUUUGUCAACCUAUGAAUUGCUUCCCGCAGAUACCUCAAGUACGGACAAGGCUCCAAACGCUGUCCUGUCCAAGACGUUCUAGAGAGUACCCUCACCUUUGUACAUAGCACAGCCCCGGCCAGUGAUGAGCUUAGCUCUGAUGUGGAUAUGAAAACCCCCAUGUCUGGCUCACCCACCCCGAUGAACACCAAUCAAGCUACCCCCUCGCCGUGCCCCUUAUCGGAGGUCCGGUGGAGCCCUGCUCCGCGUCACGUGACAGAAACAGAAGUAGCCGUAUUAGAAGAGUGCUUACGGAGAUGGCGGCGAGAAAUGGAGCAAGAUGUUAAAGGUAGCUAACGGAAGGCUAGCGUUCUAUUUUUUAGUGAAAUAUGAUUAAUGUGUAGUCUUUAAUCAAAAAAUGGUUUACUCGGGGGUCUUUUACACACAAGUAGGUAGAAUUACACGUAUGAUAAGGCGUACAUUUCUUAAAUCCCCCAGAGACAUUUUACCCGAACACUGUCCUUAGCAUAGGAAUAAACGUUAACACGCAACGAGACAAAUUGGCCACGUUGUGACUACAUAGUAAGAACUGCACUUCAAAUAGCUCAUGAACUCAUAAUAUCUUCGUGAACUUUAAGAAACCAAGGUCUUCAAUUAGGAGUUCACCGCAGUUGCAGCAGUCAAAUCGCAAUGCAGGCACUCUGAUUGGCCUUAAAAAUAUAGAGACAAAAAACCUCUUUAAUGCGGACACCAAAGAGCCAGAGCCAAGUGUUCGCUGGUAGAGAAAGGUGUGCAUAGAGGUGGGGGUUGCAAUAAGUUUGUUGUCUUUGGGACCAAGAAUUGCGUCCGUGAUAGAGAGGUGAACGUAUUAUAGAGGUGACUUUGAGGAGAGGUUGACUUCUCAUGUCUGCAUUUAUUUUGUAGACUUGUCAACGGGGCGCCGUUAUUAGGAACUCUGGAAGUGAUGUUAUUGUGGCCUUCCUAUUUCCCUCCCUCACCCCCACCCCCUCAAAGGCCAACGCCCAUCCCACGAUGCAUUGUAUUUCAUUUCAUCAACCGGUCAGAUUCCAGUGAUUAACAAUGCAAACUUUUCAGUGCAAAGCCCCUAGUUUCCAUAGAUUUUUCAUGCGCGGUUUCUGAUUUCAUUUUGCAUUCGCUCGCUCGUCAUCGUUUCCCGUCGUUGGGACAUUUCGCGAGAGGGACGACCGUCUCUCUCUCGAAAUGUCUCCGGGUUCCAGGUUCGACUCCGAAAAAUUCCGCCGCGCGCGAGACACGAUAAAAAACCUUUGAUACACACGGUAUAUGAUGGUGGGCUAAUCCGAAACAUGACACCGACGAUAAUCACUUAAGUAAGUUGUUUUUCUUUUUUCCUUCAAAGAUCUUAACGCCCAUCUUCGAGAUACAGAAGAAAAAAUUUCCACAAUUUAUGACGAUGCUAGUCUUAAAAAGGUGAGUUCGUGCAGUAGCUGAUGUCGCAAAUGAUAAAAUGUGUACAGAUGUGUACCCUAGGCAGAUUUUGAAUCUCAGCCUUGGGGGUCAAGUGCUGCUAGCACCACCUAGCACCAUGAACCGUGAGAGAACUUUGGGUCUUAGACAGCUGACUGCUAAUGUCUUGAGCUGUAGACACCGGAGGACAAUUUAACGUCCCGAUGCAACGUAUAUAAGACUCGUUGAAGAGUAAAAAAAAUUAACUCAUGGAUACGCGAAGAGUAGUAGCGAAUUUUUGUAGGCACCCACUCAUUUUUCUUGGCGAAGUUCGCUGCGAUGAAAGAUCGCUCUGAUCGUGCAUCGUGCGCACACUGUGCAUUGUGUUGAAUUUUAAGCUAUUCCAAGACAAUAAGGGAUACACCAUAUCUACGAGUUCGCCAUAGUCGUGCUUUGACCCAUCGAAAUGUUUUGUUUCUGUCCAGUUACCGUAUCGCCUUCACGCCGUUCUUGUGCACGAAGGUCAAGCGUCCGGUGGCCAUUACUGGGCCUACAUUCAAGACCCCAAACAGCAGCGAUGGUGCAAAUUCAACGACAUCACUGUUAGCGAGGUUACUUGGGACGAAGUUUCCCGUGAGUCGUUAGGCGGUUAUCGUCACGUGAGCGCGUAUUGUCUCAUGUACAUCGACGCUCGGCGCGAAGGCUGUAUCGGCGCCGGCAGUGCAAUUCAGGAGCUGCCAGCGGAUUUACAGGAGCUUGUUGAUAAGGACAAUGCUGUGUUUGAAAGUGAGUUGAGAGACUGGGACGAAAAGCAGCUGAAUAAAGUGGCAGGUAAUUAAAGUUGUCAUUUGAUUUUAUUCUUAUGAAAGUUUCGUCUUCCAGUAAGCUUUCAAUUAACUUUAAUGCUUGAUUAAACAGCGGUAAUGCCUGACUACAGGCUAUAGCACCAACAAAUUGACCACAGCACGACCUACUUAUUACGGAAAUUGUUAUUACCUCCCACGCUGGAGGCGAGAUCGCCAUUUCCUUGUGGAGUUCCGUCUGGCCGUUUGUAGGGCAAAGGCAAAACCUCCUUCCUUCCUUCCUCUUCCUUCCUUCGUCCCCCCUUCCUACCUUCCUUCCUUCCUCUUACUUUCUUCCUUCCUUCCUUCCUUCUUCCCUUCCUUUCUUCUUUCCUCCCUUCCUUCCUUCCUAUCUUCCUUCCUUCCUUCCUUCCUCCCUUCCUAUCUUCCUUCCCUCUUUCCUACCUUCCUUCCUUCCUCUUACUUCCUUCCUUCCUUCCUCCCUCCCUUCCUAUCUUCCUUCCUUCCUUCCUCCCCCUUCCUUCCUUCCUUCCUUCCUUCCUUCCUUCCUUCUUCCCUUCCUUCCUUCUUUCCUCCCUUCCUCCCUUCCUUCGUUCCUCCCUUCCUUCCUUCCUAUCUUCCUUCCUUCCUUCCUUCCUCCCUUCCUAUCUUCCUUCCCUCUUUCCUCCCUUCUUUCCUUCCUUCCUUCCUCCCUUCUUUCCUUCCUAUCUUCCUUCCUUCUUUCCUCUCUUCCUUCUUUCCUAUCUUCCUUCCCUCUUUCCUCCCUUCCUCCAUUCCUAUCUUCCUUCCCUCUUUCCUCCCUCCCUUCCUUCCUUCCUCCCUUCCUUCCUUCCUAUCUUCCUUCCCUCUUUCCUCCCUUCCUUUCUUCCUCCCUCUCUUCCUAUCUUGCUUCCUUCCUUCCUCCCCCCUUCCUAUAUUCCUUCCCUCCUUCCUCCCCCUUCCUUCCUACCUUCCUACCUUCCUUCUUUCCUCCCUUCCUUCCUUCCUUCCUCCCUUCAUAUCUUCCGUCCCUUCUUCCUCCCCCUUCCUUCCUUCCAACCUUUCUUCCUUCCUUCUUUCCUCCCUUCCUCCCUUCCUUCCUUCCUUUCUUCCUUCCUGCCUUCCUACCUUCCUUCCUUCCUUCUUUCCUUCCUCUUCCUUCCUUCCCCCUCCCACCUUCCUCUUCCUUCCUUCCUUCCUCCCUCCCCCGCUCCUUCUUUCCUUCCUUAAAACACUGAAAACUGAUGCUGACUCUUAAACCGAAGCUCCACCAACUGUGCUAACCCUUGCGAAGUUAAACCUGCAUUUAGUAGACACAAACGGAACGCUUUACAGCGACAACAACAACCAACCUGGUCCCCAUAAAGGGGGGGGGGGAACCCUGGGGACGAGGUUAAAUAACAACAACAACAACGUCAACUGAGUGAUGUAAUUAGCUCAAAUUCCCUUGUUAUAAUCUGUUUUACCCUCCUUUCAUUAGCCCAUAUGUGUCUUUUUUGACGUCUUUGUUAUAUUGGUUAAACCUUGUGUGAGUGUUUGGAAGGUUUUUUUUUUGUGUUUCGUUUAAUUUGGUGGCCAGGAUAUUGUGUCUGAAUUGGCUAAAUUUUCUCCGCAAAGUCACCUUGAGGCAAGCUGUCCGCUCGUAUUUAUCGUUGUUGACUGACUGAUACACUUUACCACGCAGAAUCUCAAUGUAAAGCCAUUGUCCCCAGGCCAGACAUUAUCGUCGAUGCCGAGUCUGUACAAACGUCUGAAAAUGACGAAGAAUCCGCUCUUAACUCCUUGGCCGAAACUGCGAGGAGCCUGGGAGUGGAGGAAGCGCUGACACAGUGGUGCAUUCAACAGCGGACCAGACUGGAGAGACUCUCGCGGGAGUACACACCCGAGUACCCUGGAGAUGUGCGCCUGGAGCACUUCGGUAUCUAUCUGAUGAAGUGCAAAGCUCCUGAACAGAUGAUCAGCAUGGCCAUACUGGAGCAGAUUGUAGACGAUAUCAGGACACAAGAAGAAACGUGAGUACCCGAAGAGGGACGGGACAAAUGGGAAGAAACGGGACGGGAUAGAAUGACAUGUGUGGAAAGGCACGGGAUAGAAAGAGAACAGGGGCCUGUUUCUCGAAAGUCCCGAUAAUGAACUAGCCCAUUAAGCUGUUGUUGUUUUUAUUCUUCAAGAUCGAGGUUUCAAACGUUUUGAAGAUAAUAUAAUCAGUUAGCAAGACAAAAAGGGCUGGUUUAGAUUUUGAUUUGAAUAUUUGAUUUCGGAACCGAAAAGUUUUUUGGUGGGGUGGGGUGAGGAAGGGGGGGGGGGGGCGAAAAGGAACCCAGAAGUAGACGAAGCUGCCCAGAUAAGUGAAACGAUACUCUCAACUGACGACGGGUUGUCACUAAGAUUUCAAGUUGCCGGGUAAAUACAACAAGUAGAAGAGGAAUUAAACAGCUAGGGAUUUUUUUUGGUCCUGUUUUUCUUCUGUUUUCCAAUAAAAGUAGCUGGAGGAAAUCCCCGGCCCCCGGCUCUUAGUGACAGCCCUGCCGAUCACUUUAUCUCCACUGACUAAUAUCUCCCCACUCCCAUCCCAUUAUUUCAGUCUCCUGAUGGUUAAGCAGAGUGGACAGAAUCGAUUGAUUGCUGAGCAAGUAUCAUCUAAUCUUGAAUACCAGGUAAUAAUUCAGUUACUGACCAGGGUUUGCAAGUGUUAGAGCUUUUUGCACGUGACUACGGCUUGUCCUCAUUUGUUUAUUUGUUUUAAGAUUCUAGCUAGGAAGUAAAUGGACCAAACCAGUCGUUUACGUUUUGCUGUUUCUGGCACAUUGCCCAACUGUGCGUAGAUUCAUUAAACCAUUUAAAUCGAUAAUUCUAAAGUUUUCCUAUAAACUUUGAAAGUGUCAAUAGCCAGUCGUUACGUCACUUGGAAUUUAUUACUUAUAAUUUCAAAGGUAACGAGUCGUGUGUUGCUUUUUCAUGGGGUAAUAAUUCAUUAGAAUCUUUCCCAAAGGCUUUAGAGAAUUUGACAGGCCAUCUGACCAAGGCAAAAAUGAAAAUCUAUACAAAUCAUAGUUUAGCAAGAACCUGGUCACGGCUUGGAAGGAUAGGAUAGGUGGAGGCUGGGAAAUGGUACAUCCUCUCUUUGCCCGUCUCCCGCUCCCUUGUACCCCGUAAAUCCUCUAUUAAGCCCCCCUCUCUUUUAACCCCUUCCCCCCUCUAUUCAGGGGAUAAAAAAAAAAUCUAAAAAAAACAUAGUUUAGAAAAGACCCGGUUACGGGUUGGAAGGAUAGGAUAGGGGGGGGCUGGGAAAAGGUACAUCCUCUCUUUGCCCCUCCCCCCCCCCCCUUGUCCCCCUAAAACCCCUUUUUAACCCCCCCCUCUUUUAACCCCCUCCCCCCCCUUUUCCGGGGAAAAAAAUUAAAAAACCCCCCCCCCCCCCUCCCUCGUAUCAUUCUUCACUAAAAAAUGUUGGAAUGUAUUAAUUAAUCACGACUGUAAAACUUCGAGUGGACUGAUCCGGAAUGGUUUACAUCAACUGGAAGAUCGGAUUUGAUUCUGAUCCUCGGCCGCAUGACCUCCAAUUUCUUGUAUUUGAGCUUUUCCACUUUGCAUUAUGGUUCUUUAUCGAGAACUAACACAGUCGUUUUUGCUAAAUUAAAUAAACCCCCGUCUCUAUUAAGCCCCCCUCAAAUGUGUUUGAAAUAAAUAAUCACUCGGGGGGCUUUAUAGAGGAUUUACGGUAUUAUGGUAGGAUUAUCAGCUUGUUCUUCCCAAGGCGUAUGUAGGCUGUUUUUUUUUUUUUCAAUGAAAACACGUACAUUUGUAAACCCGCCUUGCUGGCUGCCGAUUAACUAGGUAGCAAGGCUUCCAUUUUCAUUUUGUCUUUGCGAACAGUUUGUUGCAUGUUAUUGCGUCUUAUCUCCUUGAAUUCUAUUCCUUUAGAGCUGGAAAGAAAAAUACAGCCUGUUUAUAAAAGUCAACUCCUGUUUCCUCACGGGACUUGAAAACCUACAGAACAACAAGUAAGUGAACAGCUUUACAGUUGACUAAAAGAGGGACCUUAAACAACGACGACGGCGACGUGAAAGAAAACGACAAAAAAGCAAUAGGUUUAGAUUGGCAAAUAAAUUUUGCACCUGCAUCACGCUUUUUUGUUAUUUCUUUGCCGUCACUGCACGACUACGGCGUGAAAAUGACUGAUUUCACGAUUUGUCGAGGACGGGAACACAAGACAACAACUUUCCUUUUUUGUUCCUGCAAUAUGAUGCAGUCCUUUAGAAUUUAACUCCAAAAAAAUCGCCAAUAUUUGACCAAUUAAACGAGAUGGAAUAAGCGCGAUAAAGUUUGAAGCAGCGCAAAUUCAUUUUUUAAGUGACGUUUCCAUAGCCGUCGCGGUCGUUGUUGCUUAAGCUUCGUAGUAGAGACCUUUAGAUUCUAAGACGAGUACGACUACCAGUACGAGAUUUUCUCAAUACUAAGUAUAGUGCGCGCGUGAACCAGCGUCAUUUUGGCGGGAAAACGUGAUAGCCGUCGUCAUUCUACACGAGUUUUCGCGCGAAUGUCGUGGUGGCGAAAACAAGAUAUCAAAGUUAGAAGUUUUUUCAUUGUGGGAUCGGUAGAGCGCGUAAUCUCCUUCACUAAAGGUAACAAUGCUAACUUUUCCAGUGAAAAAUGGUAAAAUGAAGCUUUCCGGGGAGUCUAUAUUUUGAGAAGACGCGAAAAAACUUCAAGUCAAAUCUUGCACUCGUAGUAACAACCUGGGAACAGAGCCUUCUUUUGUGUCCUUGAUCAAGGAGGAGAAAAGGAGAUUCUGCCUGAAUCACUUCAAGCCUUUGAAGUCACCACAACCCCUACUUCUGGACCAGUCAAUCUUGUUCUCUCUCGUCAAACUGAUUUUUCGAGUGGGAACAUCUGUUUAUUGAUAAUCCGAUGGUCACUGUACCAAGUGCAUGGCUGUUAGGCCUGGGUUCUAAACUGUAUCCAAGCUACGUGCAGCGCAUGCUCAACAAAUAUUUUAGUGGAAGUUGUGGAUUUGUAAGCAAAAGAUCCUAAACGUCUGGCGCGCGAGGCGACACCGCUCUCUGUGCACCUAGCGCCAGUUGUUCCAAAGCUGGAUAGUGUUCUCCAUCAUUGGUACAACGGUCGCUUGGAACAGACUAGUGGCCGGUUAAGGUUUUUUCUUAGUCGAUGCCCAAUUUUAGAUUUUCGGUCUCACUAUCAACACAGUGACGCAGAUUUUUUUUAAAAGUCAUUAUGAUUGCGUUAAAAGUUCAUCUAGAAGAAGGACUCAUCAAGAUUCUGGUAAAAAUCUAAUGUUUCAGAUAUCGUGAAGCAUUGCCAUAUUUGAUGUACGCAUGCAAACUCAAUACCAAGCUUCUGGACGCUUCUAGCAACGUCGGCCAAGCCAUGGACGAGCAACUGCUGACCCACUGGCGGCGCAUUUGCUUUUCGCGUUUGAAUGAGUUAGCGGUAGAAAUGUUCAACAGUAGUGACUGGAAAUCAGUGUGCAGGGGACUGGAACUAGUCAGUGAACUUGUCAUACCUUGUAUACCAAAGCUCAUUGUCUCGGCCCAGGCUGCUGACGGUCUGGCCGUGGAGCAGGUCAGAAAUUGCUGGUGUAAUUUCCUCGCUUCUCCUCUUGACGGUAAGAAACCUGAAAUUGUAAACAUCUUAGUAUCCACUCCCCUCUGGGCUUUUCAGGGAUAAUUUACAACUCUGGUUGGGGGACUUUUACCAGACUACUUAUGGUGCAGUUACAAGUAAUGAGGAAUGAGUGUUGAUGACCACCUAUGUGAGUGUGAAUUUGCGAGAGAACACCACACCGGGGACUACGUCCCCCACUCUUUACAAGCAGGAUUUAUUAUCUGCGCAAGGGUUGUGAAACGGGGCCUACGGUUUAUCGUCCUAAUCCGAGAAGACUAGAAAGUCUGACCGUUUGCAGAUGUCAUUACAAGGCAGCUCUUUAAUGAUGAUGAUAAUAAUAAUAAUAAUAAUAAUAAUAAUAAUAAUAAUAAUAAUAAUAAUAAUAAUAAUAAUGGAAACUUUAUUUGUGUUUUUGAAUGUAUAAUUGUAAAUCUCGCUACGUAUAGGCAAUUUACAAAUGCUGCAUGAGAUUGGAUUAUUAACAAGAAAAAACAAAAACAAAAAAACAAAAACAAAAAGAGAACAAAACAAAACAAAAGCCAAAAAAAAAAAAUCAAAAUUGCAUUAAGUCUGGGCUAUCCCAGUUCCUGUUUCUACAACAAAAGAUGUAAUAUGUUGCUCUAAUGGCUAUAUUUAUCAUUUUCUUGAUUAUAUAACGUUGCUGCUUUUUGUCAAUGCCAAUGUCAUUCAUUAUGUCUAAGAACGUGGAGCAUAAUAAUAAUAAUAAUAAUACAGUGAAGAAGGGUAUGGUAGAAAACAUCAAGAAAGUAUCAGAGAGAGCUACUAUGACAGAGAUUCAAAAGAUCUGCAUGCUUUGAUUUGCGCGAAUCCUCAGAAAGGUGCUCAGUAUAUCAACAGAAUGAUUGACUUGAGUGACUGACGCUCUAGGUGCAUGGUUUGCGCCCGGCUGAUGCACAAAAAGAACACCAGCAAAGACUGUGAUUAAAGAGAUAAUGAUAAUAAUAAUAAUAAUAAUAAUAAUAAUAAUAAUAAUAAUAAUAAUAAUAAUAAUAAUAAUAAUAAUAACAACAAUGUUUAUACAAGGAGCUCACUUCACAAAGAGUGAUACUGAUUCAGUGAUGCCCUGUAAAACAAUAGAAAAACAAAUGAUCUUAGAUAAAUGAAUAAGUAAUAGUAAUAAUAAGUAAAACGUUAAGAACUAAAAACUUAACUAAUAUAAGCCCCAGGUUAAAAAUGUUACAAAGUCAGAUAGACUCCCAUUUUUUUUAAGGGAAAAUCCCUGGGGACGAGGUUGAGCUUUUAAUGCCCUGUUUAAAAAGAAGAAGAGAGUUAAUUUCUUUAAAAGAUGCGUCUAAAAAGUUCCAUUCCUUAGCGCAUUGUUCGCGCUUUCCGUAAUUUCUUUUAACGGGAGGAAGACGGGAAUCGUGCCCUCUUUUAGUGUUUGUCCUUAGAUGUUUAAAGACCUUGAGCGUUGGUCCGGCCGAUGUUUGAAUCAGCGGCCUCCCGCUCGGCUUGGCAAACUGGCGCUUAUGUCGAUCAACUGAGAAGGAUUUUAGUCAAACCUUCGUAAAAGGGACACCAACGGGGGAAAACCAAAUGUCCGCCGGCAUUACAGAGGUGUACUCACCAGCAUGUGGGAUCCCCGGUUGGGCACUCAAGGAAAGUCUGGGUGGAGGUGUGCCGCCGAGGCCCGCAAACCCCGACCCUGUUUAAGACAAAGACUCCUCAUUUCGCUACCCUGUUUAAGACUGGAGACACUUCUUUUCGACCCUGAUUUGCUUUGUUUUGCAUACAGAAUUAAGUAAUUUUUCACACUAAAAUAUUGGAAAUAGAUAUUUAGGAAAAAAAUUAUCGGUAUUGCAAAUGUAGCCCGCUCAUCGCAAGUGUUCACACUCUUUGAAAGGCUUCCAGUCCAAAAAGACACCCUGUUUAAGACGCUCAGUAGGGAAAUUAAGACUCAAGACCUUGAAAACCAUACCCUGUUCAGUGGCACAUACCCGCAUGGGCCAAAUAAGGGAGUCCCCCCUUCCCCCGGGGUUGGACCUCGCCUUAUCUUUGGAGCUAAGUGAAGUGUCUGUAACAGAUAUUUAUCUGCAUUAAUUUCAUAGAGUUUUCCGGCGUUAGUGGGAUUUUUAACUGUAUCGUUUUUGCCGAAAAUCAUCUGGCUGUUACGUUAGAUCCGUGGAUUCGGAUCUUGGAUUAUGUGGCGGAAGAAAUCUAAAAUUAGGACACUGUUCUGUUAGUGAAGGGGGGGGGGGAGGAGAGGUCUGAGGGGUUGGACGCAAUUGUUUCACCCCCUUUUUAUCCCCUUCUCCCUUCCCCACACACCCACUGUCGUUAACCGGCGUCGAAAUGCAAGUUGGUAGUGGUAGGAAGCUUAAGCAACAACGACGGCGAUCAAUUCGUCAAAUGUUGGCAAAUUUUUCUGGAGUUGAAUUUUAAGGGACUGUAUCGACGUUCAGAAAAAGAAAAGGAAAUUCUUUUCUUGUGCUCACGUUCUCCACAAAUAGUGAAUUUAGGCAUUUUUACGUUGCAGUCGUGCAGUCACGGCAACGAAAUGUACAAAAAAGCGUGAUGCACGUGCAAAGUUGUUGCUUUGCUAAUCUAUACCUAUUGCUUUUUUGCCGUUCUCGGUCACGUCGCCGUAAUUGUUGCUUAAGCUACCUAGUGUCUACAUAACUUAACGCGACAACCCAACGCUUUUGAGCGCAAACAACGCCGGGGAAAAUAGAAAAUAGAGAGACUGUUCUUAGUCUAAAAGCUAAGUUUAAUUAAGAGAUCUCAGCAGUCCUUAUAAGUCCUUGAAUUUCACCAUGAUCCUUGAAAAGUACUUGAUAUUUGCGGGUGGUUUCGAAGUGCCCCUAUAAUUUGUUAAGUAUUUUGUUUGCGCGCACUUUAAAGCGUAUUUUCCGACAAACGUAGCUUGAACGAUGUUGUCCGUUCAGACGUACUUCGAAACUGUCAUGAAAGAAUGAUGUUCUUAAUUGUUUUUUAGGAAGUCUUGUGACGUCUAAAAACCAGAACUCCGUAAUAGUUACUUGCAUCUGACUUCUCCUAACGAUAUCAUUUCUUAUUCAAACAGAACGGUUAUGAGAAUAUAGAAACGAUCACAGUAGCAUCAUAAAGAAAAUGAGUGGAGGAGAGUGUGGAGAAUUUAUCUGUUGAUUAAAGCGCCUAAAGGAUUAAAAACUCGUAAUUUUGGGUUGUCUAAAGUUGUACCAGAAAUGGGUAAAAAUGACAGCAACGUUUGGGAUGAUUUAAUUCAAUUUGCGAAAGUUUCCUCUGAUUAUUUGACCCACUCGCAGCGAAAGGAGAAAAGGUUUCAACUUUCGAUACUUCUCUAUCUCAAAAUGCCCUUGAAUUCCACCAUGAAUGGAUCAUCCUCAAAAAGUACUUCUAUUUCUAAAGAACCUUGAAGUUUGCAAGUGCUUUUUUUUGCUCUGAUAUCGUUGUUUGUAAUCAAAAUAUUUAUACUCGGCGCGUUGUUAUCCUGUUUCCGUUUACUGUAAUCCAAUUUUCACUGAUUCUUAGGCUAUGUCUACCGCGUGUCUAGGCUAUACCAGAUAGCCUUGAGGCUUGCACGAAAGCCAUAUCGUAUAGGGCUUUCUCACACAUAAACCGUCAGAACGAUGAUUUCAGAGCAAUUUCUGUAACUGAGCGAUGCUGCUCCGCACAGAUCAUGAGAGUAGAUCGUCUAAUAUCGGAGAGGUUUCUGGUGCCAGUCUUCUUGUAAUGUGAAGAGGCGUUCAUACCAGGCUGGAAAAUUUUUCAUGUCGACGUGAUAAGCUACCCGGCAUGGUGUAAACAUAGCCUCGGGCAUUGCUGUUAAAGUUAGAAAUGAAUAGAAAAUUCACGCGAUGUUUUACAUUUCCCUGUUUUAGUUUGCAUUACCGGCAAUAGAACGUCGCGGUUAGCUCGAACUCCCACUAACUAGCGCUAAUUUUACUCUCUCUUUGGGUCACUUUUUAAGUAAAUUUUAACCCACUUGAACUCCCGCUAAGUUGAACUGUUUUUGUUUGCCUUGAAAGAUCGAUUUAGCGGAGUUGUACUGCAUUACUACUAGUAUUGGCCAAAUACAACAUUAAAUUAAAAUUCCAUAUUUAUUUCGAUAAAAGUGAAAGACAUAAAGUGUAUUGCAGUUUUCUUUUGCACGGUUCACGUAAAGAUGCGACUUAAGACGAAAUGCGAUAAAAAUUCCAAAUACGAUUUUGAAUAAAGUGAAACACAAUCAUUGCCACCGAAAAGCGCUGCCAAAGAGAUUUCAUUAAUGCACUACAUUACAUCGCUUGAUAAUCGGCUCUGGCUCUCUCCAGUCGUCCUUUACUUUCGGUCAAAAUCAGUAAGUCGACCUAACGCUCGCCCGAUAAUAUCGCUCUCCUGCAUGCUGUUGGUCAGAUCUAAAGGUCGCGAUUUUCAGACGCAGUUUUAGUCGUCGUCUCCAUGUAAUCCAGUUUGCGAUGAGUUUAAGUGCAGUUUCCGAUUAUGUCUGCGCUGUAGUUAAAGGGGCGACGCCACGCUAUUUGCUAUCUUUUAGAUAAGUCAAAAUGUGUCUUCGUUUCAAUUAAAUUCUAAAAAUAAAAGGCAUUGAAACUGUUUCCUGUCUUCUGUUGCCACGGAUGGCAAAGAUAGACAUGGAUUGAAACUUGAAACAGUUAAGCCAACUUUUUCAAGUUUAAUGCCAUGACUGCAUAAAAUCACCCCCAGUGGUACAGUGCGGAUACAGACCUUCAGAUAAGGGGCUGCGGUCAUCCAGACCCUGAGACAAAAAGGGGGGGGGUGGGGGUUUUGGUCUCCCAAAAAAUUUUUUUCCUUCGGGCCUCAGUCUGGUCUAAAAAUGAGUGGGGGAGGGGCCGAGCCCCUCCCUUGGAUUCCUCACUGGGGUAAAGGCACUAACCAAUGACUUCUGCACAGAAUUGACCCAAAACAGCAACAGCGGCCUCGUGACGUAGUCACUUUAAGUCCUACAACGAUAUAACUCGACGCAGCGUAGUUACUGAGUUUCCGGUGAGUUGUAGUACAAUUUCCGAAUAUUGUCUGACAGAACGUGUAAGGCAGGGGAUGAUAAGAACUUGACGUGUUGUAAGCCAGUUUCCGUUAAUCGCCUUACACAACAGUUUGGUCAGAGGUUAACUUGCUGAAAUGCAGUUUCCGAUUGUUGUUCGACAUACGUUUUCAGCCAAAGAUUGACGCAUUGUAAUCCGUUUUUCUCAAAGUAAUACUUUGACGUGGUUUUUUUCUUUAAGGUAAAGACCAUGUUAUACAGAGGCUCUAUGCCUUAACUAAUACUCAGAAUAUAGGCGAAAAACUGAUUCCUAACAACGAUGCAUAUUUAAUCAAAUCAGAUUUUAAAAAAAGAACAAGCAAGUAUAAGCUAUAGACUUGAUGACUGGCUUUUAACACAGGGUUCGAGUACGUGAUAUUUUUUAUCCCGGAAAUAUAUUAAAAUAAACAUUUGGCUCUUUCUUUUUUUCCGUGAAGACAUGGUAUUUGACGUUGGUUUUUACACUUUAUAUCCUUGCUCUCCAAAGUAACCGGUUGCGUGAAGUAGUUUCAGUUCUGUUGCAUGGUCUGACUGACAAAGCUAGACAAUUGUUUUGCGAUUUUAUCGUAGUAGAGGAUGGUAUCUUUUACUUCUUUGAAGUGACACUAAAAACCGUGGAAAUGGCUUGUGAUGUAAUCUGGUUUCCGGUAGUUGUCUAGUUUAGAGUUUCUAGACGCGUUGUUAAUGACUUGUGAAGACAGCUGAAUAUUUGCACCCUCUAAGCGAUCAAUCGAUCACAACAUCAUGGUAACAUUAGGGCCAUUUUUACGAGGAAAAAUAAGACGCGUCUUACAUAGGACGCGUCUUAAAUAAGACGCGAACUUUCCGUCUAAACGGCACAUUUCGUCUAAAAUAAGACGCGGCUUAGCUAAGACGCGUCUUAUUUUAGAACAGCCUUACAUAAGACGCGAACGCAUAGUAGGCGUGGGUUAAUUAUUAGCGCGCCACGUUGGAUUGCCGUUGCUACGGGCAACAUUCACAUGAAAACGAGUCAAGAAUAGAAAUAAGACGCGAACCAUUUAUUCGAGCUGUUCUCGUCUUAGAUAAGAUAUGGCCGUAUAAAUGGUACAGUUCGCGUCUUAUUUUUUCUGGUAUGAAUGGCCCUAUUGUCUCGACGUUUGCGCGGAGCCAAUGUUGCAAUAGGCUCGAUUGCUAGCCGCUGUUCGGUAAACGAGCCCGCGCUCCUUCCCUGAGGCGGACUGGACCAAGGCGGACCCGAGAGAGCGGCGAAAUUCUAGCCUAAUCUUCCAACUACUUGACACCCACUUUCAUUGUUGUAAGAUGUUCAAAUACUUAAACGUUGUCCCAGUAUCCUGGCUCUUACUGCCGUUGUUCUCCAAAUGUUGAAACUGUUUGAACCACUUUCUCAACGACGGACCUGUUUUAUGGUGGGGCAUUUUGCCCCAUCAUCUACUUCUAUGAACGUUUGUUUUUGUCAGGGUGAAUUUGACGUUUCCAUUUUCAUUUCUUCUAGAUCGUCACCGCGCCAAGCUUGAGGAGUUUCUCCCCCAACUGCUUGACGUUCCAAGCGAAUCGUGUCCUGAAAUAAAACCGCCACCGAUCAUGCGCCCGCUCAGCUCUCGUGAACUUUGUGAUCGUUUUGUACAAGCGAUGGGACUUGUCAACGCAAACCAGGCUGUUUUUAAGACGUAGCAGUGCUGCCCGGAACACUUGCCAAUACCUGUGAGGAACUCUUCGACACGUGGCCAUGGCGUGCCAAGCGUUUUCUUUGUCUUGCCCCCACGCACCUGUUCUUUGUCUCGUCACGUAACGCUGCCUUUGCAGAGGAGCGCUGCGUGAUGAGAUAAAGAGCGACUGCGUAGGAGACUCUCCAUGUCGAAAUUCGCCAUUUUCACAUAGGCCAUAACGCACCUAGUUUACCCCCCGAAAUUUUGCAUAACCAUUAGAGAGGUUAAGCGUCACGUUUACGUCAAACGUCAAACGCGAAUUUGUACCACGUGACCAAGUUUUUCCUUUACUUGUUGUUUACUGUUCAUUAUUUCUACACAUAAUUUUGUAGUUUCACGCAAUUUUUUAUCCAUAAGAAUUGUUUUGAGCUGUUUUUCUAUCUUGAGAAAUUCUCAACUCGAAUCUGACGUUUUCCGUUUGCCGUAUACGUUAAGCUUAAUCUCUCUAUUGUCUUCGAUUUCUCUUGGGACGACUGUAAUACCCAGGAGAAUUUGGAAACAAUAAUGGUUAUGCAAAAUUGUGGAGGGUGAACAAGAUGGAUUAUGAUCUAUGUGAAAAAGGUGAAUGUCGAAAUAUCGACGAAGCAUGGC